CCUGCCUGCCUGCCUGCGCGGGCGGGCGGGCGGGCGGGCGGGCCAGCGGGCACAAGAUCGAAAGGAGCAGAGAUUUGUCUUGCUUGGAGCGCCCGAGAACCGGGUAUGGAUUUCAUAACCACGUGGGCGCCCGCCCGGCUUAUCUAUAAAGUAUCGAAGGCCAUGGUCAAUGUGGUUGACCAUGAAUGAAUCUAGGAACUACAGCGAGCAACAUACAUACGCACGGGGCUCGGGCGCGCUCUCGAUCUACGGGAGCUGCUGGAUGGAUGCUCUUGGCUCCGCUGGAUUGGUCCUCGUUGCGGCAACACUUUGCUCUUUUCUCUCUGAUAAGAUGGCGGCGCACGAAAAGAUGAUUUACCCUCUGUUCGAAUAAUACGACUUCGUCAUGAGAAUGAUCUGGACUCGCGAGGGAGAGAGCGAAGGAGGGAAGGAGGGGGCCUCGCAGCCGACCGCCCGCGCGCAAAGCGAAGUCGAUAUGAGACAACAAUAAUGGGAAGAACUCUUUGCCGCUUUCAAUAAUUUGGAAGGAAAGAAGGACGAACUGCCCCCAACCUGGAAAGGCGAAUUUCUCGAGGGGCUGCUAAUCUAGUCAGUCUGGUUGUCUCCUCUACAGUGCAAGAGAGAGAAGGAAAGGAUCCAAUCGCCAAAUCUCGAGCUGCGCUAGCUAGCUGGAACGAACAGUCUUCAGUUUCGCAAACACUAUUGCACAUGCGGUGGGUAGUAGUGUUCCAUUACAUCUGGAGGGAACAAUUAAGAGCCAAUUUUGGUGGGAGAGAUUCGACUGGUGUACACCAGCUUGAUCUCUGUAGCAGAUUGUCUUCGAAAGAUACUAUCCGAAGGAGGAGCAAUGAAUGCCUACCCAUGCUGUUCAUUAGGUUGGCAAACGAGGUUCGAAUGCAAAUUGCCAGUAGUAGUAGUAGUGAGAGAAAGUAGAACCUGUCGAUCGACCUCAUAUACACAGAGACUAUUUAAAACGAAGGGAAGGCAUGCCUCGGUGGUGCCGGAGGCCUUCUCGAUAGCAGGUAUAUUUUUAAUAUACGCGAAUACACAUGUAGAUUUUCUACGGGCGUUUAUAAGCCAAUCAUGACACUUUACGAAAUUAGGAAAUGAAGACCUUGUGACUUGUAACUAACACGACAUUCUACCGUCACUUAUGAGGCAUUGUUGACUUCCGAAAG